AGACAGAGAAGGACAGAAAGAACGAAUGAAAAGGCGAUGCAAGAGAAAAAGAGGGAGAGAAAAAAAACUGAAUAAAGUGCAGAAGGGAGGGGAAGAAUAAGACAGAGUAGAGAGGGAGAGGUGAAUGUACUUCUUAUGCAGAACUUUCAGUGUUUGUACACUUACUGUCAACAGACUUCAACACGCUGAUCAGAGAGAAGAAGUGGACAGGACAGCGAUAUCACAGCAGAGGAUUGCUCUGGGCGAAAAAAAAACAUCUCAUUCCCUGAUAAACCGCUUCGCCAUGACCGCUUCGAAGGCAAAGAUGAUGGUGCCUAUGAUGGUCGUGGCGUUUUUCUCUCCAUGUCUUGGGAUGAGCAAUGAAGUGGAUUAUGGGAACUGGAACUACAGAGAGGGAGCAGAGAAUGUGAACGUGGCUAACAUACGCAGCGUGACUCGAGUGUUGGAUGCCUGGGGCAAACGCAUAUUCAAAGAUAUCAAGACUCUCUUACACUCGCAACCCAAUGCCCUUCUGCCAGACUACUCCAGGGUUCGUCCUCUCUCAGAGUCCCUAAAUGAUCUUUUCAGAGAAGUCUCCCACUUACAGAGGCGCAUCACAGAUCUUAACAAUCGCCUAGCAACCCUGGAACCCUUCCUUCGUCAUCAUGGUUACCGUGAGGAGGGAGAGGAAGGAGGGGAUGGCAAGGAACCGGCUCUUCAGAGUAUGGGACCGAAUCAAGUGAAGUAUCCACGGCGCUACGUGGUUCGUGUGGUCCGUCCUGUGAACAGGGCGUUGAAAACCAAAAGAGUCAAAGUGUUCAAGAAUGACAACGGAUGGGUUAAAACGAGCGAGAGCGAGAGGUAGAGGCAUAUAUGAAAGGUUUGCAAAUAUUAAAAUACAUUAUUGUUAUUCAGGAUAUAUCCUUUAUAUUGGGGAUAAAGUAUAAUUCGUGUGCAUUCAUUUUCUUUUGUCUGUACUCCUUCACGUUUCGGUCUCAAAGGUGCUAUGCAAGUUCCCUGGCAGAAAAGCAAAUGCCGGGAACGCUGAUUGUGGAAAACUUUCCCAGCAGGAUAAUACCAAUUGAAAAAAGAACAAAACAAAAAAAAAACCUUGAGAGCAAAAACAGACGGUGCAGCUCUUUCCAAACAAAGCUAAACAAGGAUGAAGCCAUAUACAAUCAGUUAUUAUUUUCUGCCGAGAAUCUUCAUUUAGCCACGUGUGACAGGAAUGAAAUCAGGUCAAUAAAUUUAAACUCUUUAAAAUGUAA